GGGAUGCGCGGGCUCCCCGCGGGACGUCGGCGGGAGGCGGUGGCUCGCUUUUCCCUCCCCCGGUGACCCGCCGUGGAGGAAGUCCCCCUCCCCCCACAUAUACACGGUGAAGUCGGGUUGCCGUGCCGUCCGGCGGAAGUCCGGCCGGUUGGCCCGUCCGGGUGGGUCGCGCGCUCCGAGCGCUCGCCCGCUCAAGUUCUGCGUCUCGUCCGUUCUGUUUUGCCUUCCGUGAGGUUUUUAGAAGACGUUUUUGAUGAUCGCGAUCGCUUUUUUUUUGUUUUGUUUUAAUCCCGCAGCACUUGAAGAAGCUCGAGUGGGACCGCGCGCCUCCUGUCGUUUCUUUGCCAGGGAGGAAAUGUCAAGACCUUUAGUCUAGGACCGUGUUUUUUUUUUUUUUUUUUAAUUAAAGCCCGGUCCCUGGAGAUCCCGUGUCAUGUGCCCCUUCGGUACCGUAAAGUUGGAAGAGGGACCCCGAGAAGCAGAGGUCUUUUCGCUUAGUCAGCCGUGGUUUUUAUGGGAGGAACCACUCUGCCACGGUUAAAUACUUUAGAUGGGAAUAAAGGAUAUAGCGUUUCCGAGAAGAUGAGAAUGAAUGAAGCGUCUCUGCUCCUGAAAAGAAAGACCCUAUUACACUUACAUAUUUGAAGACUGUAUCAUCCUGCUCUCCAGUAUAAACAGUUUCUCUGUUCUGUGAUCAAUGUCACUCACAGGAACUUAAGUAACAAACGAAAUGAGCCUGGGGCGUGGAAAAUAUGACUUUUAUAUUGGUCUGGGGUUGGCUAUGACCUCCAGCAUUUUCAUUGGAGGGAGUUUCAUUUUGAAAAAAAAAGGCCUUUUGCGACUUGCCAGAAAAGGCUCCAUGAGAGCAGGUCAAGGCGGCCAUGCAUACCUUAAAGAGUGGCUGUGGUGGGCUGGACUGCUGUCAAUGGGAGCUGGGGAAGUGGCCAACUUUGCUGCGUACGCCUUUGCUCCAGCCACACUGGUGACUCCGCUGGGUGCUCUCAGUGUUCUUGUAAGUGCCAUUCUGUCUUCAUACUUCCUAAAUGAAAGACUUAAUCUUCAUGGGAAAAUUGGGUGUUUGCUAAGUAUUCUAGGGUCUACAGUUAUGGUCAUUCAUGCUCCAAAGGAGGAGGAAAUUGAGACCUUAAAUGAAAUGUCACAUAAGUUAGGUGAUCCAGGUUUUGUUGUCUUUGCAACAUUUGUGGUCAUUGUGGCCUUGAUAUUCAUCUUUGUGGUAGGACCUCGACACGGACAGACAAACAUUCUUGUGUAUAUAACAAUCUGCUCUAUGAUUGGAGCAUUCUCAGUCUCCUGUGUGAAGGGUUUGGGCAUCACCAUCAAGGAGUUGUUGGCUGGAAAGCCUGUUCUGCAGCAUCCCCUGGCCUGGAUUCUGCUGCUUAGCCUUGUGGUCUGUGUGAGUACACAGAUUAAUUACCUAAACCGGGCUCUGGACAUUUUCAACACUUCCAUUGUGACUCCAAUAUAUUAUGUGUUCUUUACAACUUCAGUUCUGACUUGUUCAGCUAUUCUUUUCAAAGAAUGGCAAGAUAUGCCUGUUGAUGAUGUCAUUGGGACUUUGAGUGGCUUCUUCACAAUCAUUGUGGGGAUAUUUUUGUUGCAUGCCUUUAAAGAUGUCAGUUUUAGUUUAGCAAGCCUGCCUGUAUCUUUUCGAAAAGAUGAAAAAACAAUGAAUGGCAGUCUUUCUAAUGUCUAUGAAGUUCUUAAUAACGAAGAAGGCUUACCCUGUGGAAUUGAAUAUACCGGUGAUAACAUCUCCCGUAGAAAUGGAAAUCUGACAUCUUUUUAAGGAUAUGAUUGAAAACCUCUAAUUGUUAUAGUGAUUUUUGAGUAUCAGAAUGUAUCUGAAAAACAAAAACUGUCCUCAAAUAAUGUCCUCUGAAGACAAUCUUUUUUAAGUUUUCACUAAUUUGGAUCAAGAAAUUACUUUUCUUAUAUUUAAACAAUGGUAGCUCACUAAAAUGACCUCAGUACAUGGCUAAUUUCUAUUAACAUUGUAUUAUUGUAAAGGUAUUUUACAUUUUUAGUCAUUCUCCAGAAAUCUAAAUGCACUAAUGACAAUUUUAAGCCUAUAAGCCUAUAAAAAUGUUUUAUUUUUUUCAUUGGUGAUGAACAUUAAAAUGUAUGUUUGUGAUCCCCAUCCCGUCAAUCCCUCACCAUACCAAUGUUUUUGAUUAUAAAUAUAUGUGUGUGUGGUUCCAAGGAAACAAUUCUCAGGCGGUGAUUUGUUACCCAGACAUCUGGUUUCCCAUUAGAAUUUGAUGGCCUCCUUUGGAAAGCACCACUGUGCUAUAAGUUAGUGCUUCCUGUGUCCAUAGUGACUAGAGGUCUGUGUCAUCAUAUGUGAGCUCUUGGACCUUUUGGUAUGUAUGUGUUCAUGAUGGACUGUGUUGUCGUUCGGCCCUUUUAACAACUCUGGGAUGUCAAAGAAGACUCAUGCAGUUUCUUUCUUCUUUUGGUUUUUCGAGACAGGGUUUCUGUGUGUACUCUGUAGGCCACGGUAGCCUGUCUCAGAGACCUGCCUGCCUCUGCCUCACAAGUGCUGGGAUUAAAGGUGAGCACCGCCGCCGCCCGGCUCAUGCAGCUUCCUAAAUUCAGAAACUCAUGCUUGGAUAAAAUGGCAAGUGGUAACAAGGUCCUUAUUCUGAUUCCAAAUGCUUAGAUUUAAGAUGUUUGUAAAAUAUGGUCUUUUAUUUUGCUUAAGAGUUUAAACCUUACACAUUUUGGUUUUUUAGAAACUGUGAAGAAUGUUCAUAGAAAGAUGAGAACAAGCAGGCCAAUGUAAGGAGCACUUUGAGCUUCAGACCUGCCCGUUUCUUAGUCGUGUACUGGCCAAACAAGCAAACACCUUCCCUCCAGACUACCCCACUGACAGGAAGAACUGAACCUAGGGCCUGUGCUUGUUUUCUGUUCUAACCACGACUGCGUAGUGGCAUAGUCCUAACCACGACUGCGUAGUGGCAUAGUCCCAGUUUUGUGAAAUCUUCAUUUCGGGGGAUGCGGGUGUGUGGGGCAGCCUUGUUUUACUGUUGCCACUCUGAGGAGCUCUUGCUUUUUUUUUUUCUUUCCUUCUUUUCCUCAGCUGCCACCUUUUGUGUAACUCCCUAUUGGCCAUCUGGGUGUCAAUCAAAGGACCUAGUACAUUAUACGCAAAUGUUCUUAAAUUGAGCUACAUUUCCACCUUUCCUAUGUAACUUCAAUACCAGAGAUAAUAGUUUCCCCUCCCCCAGACUUACUGUAAGUCUGUUUAUGUACUGUUUUAUUUUGCACAUGUAAAAAAGCCAAUGUUCAUUCCCUUGGGGAUGAAAAGUUUCCUCAUUGAGAAUGAAUGUGUUGUACGUAGAACACUUUAUACGUACGUAAUCUUGUACACAAGCAUUUAUUUGGGCUAUCAUUUGGUAAUAUAGUCAUUAACUCUUAAAAUCUAUACUUCAUAGAGUGAGUACAGAUGCCAUUACGACUUCAUAUCAACAAAGAUAUUUUAGGUAACUUUUUGAUAAUAGGCUUGUUAGAGAUGUAACUCAGGUUUACAGUACAGCGGAAUAGUACCUGUGUUUUAUUUUCUGUGUAAAAUAAAGCUCAAAGCUUUUGGA